AUGUUUUUUCCUUCGGCUGCUCGUUUACCGUUAUCAGCCUACUCUUCUUCGUUCUCGAGGAACAAUAUGCAGAAAAAGAUAUCCAUCAUCAUCACUCUGAUGCUUGUGUUUGGUUGUUAUUUUCUUCAGUCCUUCCCAUUAAACGGAGAACCAAUCCAACGAAAAUUAUUCAAUCCCGAUGCCUUCUUUCAUUUCGUUCAAAUAACAGAUAUUCAUACAGAGGAGUGGAGUUCAUAUCGUGUUGGGGGAAAGCAAUACAUGGAAGCAAAGGAAAGAUUUCAUGAUUUGAAAGACUUGGUCGGAACCAUUCUUCCAACACUUGUCAAACCUAAAUUUGUUAUUAUUACUGGAGAUUUGACUCAUGCUGUGCCAAUUUCAUUUGAUAAGGAUAAACAAGAUUGGAUUACGAGGACAAUGAAUAUUUUUGUACCAGGACAGUCACAAGAGCAAUGGGAAAUGUAUCAAGAGUGUAUGCAACUUGGAAACAAAAAGUUACUCGAAAAGGUGACACUUGAAUCAUCUGAGAGCAUUCAUCUAAGAUAUCCUUUUGAAAAAGAAAUACACAACGAAGAUAGAAUAUUUGACUUGCCAGGAAAUCAUGAUAGUUUUGGAACACAAAAUAAGGCAGACCCGAAGAGCCGAUUGUUUUUGAGCUAUUCUCAAAGUGGAAAGUUUUUUUAUUACCCAAAACAUAAGAGAAAUCCAAAAAUUUCCAAAAUUGCAUGUUCUGAGAAAGACGUGACGUCUUUCUUUUCUUUUGAUUUUAAAUCAUCUUUUGGGACAUAUAGAUUUGCUCUGUUGGAUAGUACUCCAAGUAUAGGAAGUUACAGACCUGUUAACUUUUUUUCUUCUAUUCCAAAGUGUCAAAUUGAGAAAUUGGAAAAUAUUCUUGGUAGAGCUGGAAAUGAUAUUAACCAAACAUUGAUCUUUGGUCAUUAUCCAUCAUCCAUGAUUACUAUUACUGAGAUCGACGGAAAUGUUUCACAGAAAACAAUGACUGAAUUUUUUAAGUCUACCAACACUCACUCGUAUUUCAGUGGCCAUCUUCACAAAGUAUUUCAUGACAUGAGAAAGUUGAUUCCAAUGAGUGGCCAUUUGGAAAUUCAGUCACCUGACUUUAAGAAAGAGAGAAGUUUCAAAAUGAUAGCUAUUGAUAAUGACAGAGUUUCAUUUGAAGAUUUUACGCUAUCACAUUUGAAAAAACAGCCAGGUGUGUUGAUCACACACCCAAAAGAUUGUAGAUAUUACUCAACCAAGGAGCCUCAUGUUGAAUAUGGCUCUUUUAUUCGAAUGCUGAUUGUCGCCCCUACAGAUUUGGAAGAAAUCGAGCUAUUUGUGCAAAUAGAUGGGUCUGAUUUUAACCAAUCUGUGAAGGUGACACCACAAACUAUCGAAUAUAGGAUUCCCUUUGAAUUUUCUAACCUCCCAUCUAAUUCUACUCAUCACUCUAUAAGGGUUGUUUACAACCAUGAAGUAAUACUCGAGCACCAUUUUUCCUUCAACAAUUCCAUUUGUCGUAUUGAGACGUCGAUGUGGAAUUUGGAAAGAAUACAUUCAUACAUUUCAUACCUUGUGCUAAGCAUGGAUUGGAGGAGCUUAUUUCGAUCUGUUACAACUUGGUCAUGCUGGAGUGCUAUUGCUAUUGUAAUAAUAGCCAGACGUUAUGACCUCCUUAGUACUGCCUCUUCAUUGGAUUUGCUGUUCCUAGUUGCACAUCCGAUUUCCAUGAGAUACGGUAUUUGGUUCAUUGGUGAGUUGACUCUAGGAAACAGAUUUGGAGGAUUGAUAAAUCUGACCUAUUUCUAUUUCAAUCCAUCACCUUUGAAUGAUGCUGAGGAAAUCCAUACCCUAUUAUUUUCAUAUCCAGUCACUGUUGUUGAUGACUCAUCCUUGUUCUUUACCCUCAUAGGUCCAACAUUUGUUUUUUCAUAUUUAACCAUUCUGCUAGGUUUCAUUGUUUUAGAUCGACUAAUUUUACUUGAGAAAAAGUCAUCAACGAAAUACUGGAAAGCGAGAACCUUUAUCACAGUACUUGUCGUCAUUGCUAACAUGACCUCUUUUUUGUUCAGCUUUUACAAAAAGUAUGCACGGUCAUAUGGAAAGUUCACACUCAUAACCUCACCAAAUAAUAUCAUGUUUCCUCUUUUUGGCUGUAUAAGGUUGACUCUCAUGGUAUUUAGACAUGCACCAAGUGAAACGAAAUCAAAAACAGAAUAA